AUGUGUUACGUGGUGCUGAAAGAGAAUGUGCUAGCAAAAAUUUACUACGAUGGUGCAUUCAUGUUACGCGCUAGCACCGCUUAUCGAAGCCUGCUGUGGCGACUGCUGGAAAAUCUGGAACUGAUCACGUUGCUUGAGCGCCGGUCAGCUUCCACUUCGUGCCAGGACCAGCAGCCAUCGAACACGAUUCUCAUGGAGGCCUCUCGCCUUGCCAGUGAUUCACGGGUCCCAAAAAGUUCCUCGAUGCCGGCGCGUUUAUCCAAUUCAAGGCCAAACAACACCAACUCGGUGCAGUGUAGCAACUCGAACGGUGCGCAAUUCAUGCGACGGAGCCGCAUUCCGUUGCUCAGUGCACGCCCAACAAUAAUGCGACGAGCGAAAUCAAGCGGUGCAACUUACAGCAACAACAACAACAACAACAACCAGUGGUCGUCGUCACGUGUGGGCGACUUGGCAUCAGCCGGCGAUCGGACACCACCGUCGCCUCGUGACGCUCCGGCAGCAGGCUGUUGUUUAGCAUCGGCGAUCGAUGAUUUCAACGAACCCGGGAUGCUGAGUGUUUCCCGGGGCGAACGUUUGCGAAUUCUCUCGACACGGGGACGUCUGGCGCGGUGCUGUCGCGUGCGACCACGGCACGACCGUGUGCUGCAGGGGCUGCUGCCGGUCUCCAUCCUUGCUAUAAAUGGUUUUUAG